AUUUGGCUGAACGCCUGCUGGCCUGGAGGUUUCCUUGUCCCUUUCCCUUUAUCCUCUUGCCGUCCUCCUCCCCUUUCCUGUUUUAUACCGCCACUCUACCCUACAUCCUGCGAAGAUGUUCUCCACAUUCCUUACCCUUGCGCUCGUUCUUGCCCCCGUCUUCAAUGGCGUCCUCGCUGAUUUUAAUGUCUAUGCCCCUUCCACGGUCGCUCAGUGUCAAGUACUCAGUUUCUCAUGGGACUCCACCGCUUCGCCCAUAGACGCCGCACUCGUGAGCCCUCAGGAUCCUUGUGGCGACUUUCUUCAGGAUUUUGGUUCCAAUAACUGGGGUAAUUCUUUGAAUGUUACAGCCGCUAUCCCUGCUGGUACUUCAAUUCAGUUGUCCUUGGUCGACAGCAACGACAAUGAAGCCUGGAGCGGAGUGAUUACCGUCACGGAAAGCAGCGACGCUAGCUGCCUCAGUGCUUCGUCCUCGUCCUCGUCCGCUUCCGGUGUCUCCGCAUCCGUCUCUUCGACGGCGUCCGGUACUACUUCCAACGCCAAGGCCUCCUCGACGUCCUCUUCGUCGUCAGCCACUUCCGCUGGACCCUCUGCACCUGUCGGAGCCGUCGGAAGUGGUCCGGGCUCAAAUGGCGCGAGUCACCAAGUUGCUGCACCCCUUAUGGUCCUCGGAGCGACGUUCACGGCCCUCCUUCUAUCCCUAUAAUGAUACCCCGCUGGUUGCCCAAGGCUUCCUUGCACUUCUUUUACCCCUACUAUUUUUAUCCAAGGUGUGUGGUAUAAUGUUGGUUCCGGAGCUCAAAUAUCUCGAGAUGUGAUGGUAUCGAACUGGUUCACCUAUCACGUUUAUCUCCUGGUACACCCUCUCCUUUAUAU